AUGUAUGUUAUUAUGAUCUUAGGUCUUAUAUCUUCUUGCUCCGCGCAUGGAGAGGAAAUUUUACCAAAAACCAAUCGUACAUUACCAAAAGACAUAGGGCGCCAAGAAUCCGUGACAUUCUACCACCUCAAUGGUUCUAACCUGAAUCUCAAGGACCUGCCAACACCGCUGCUCACCAACGUGACUGCUGAAAAUGUGGUGGGUGUCGCGCCUGUCAACACUACUGUACCUUGGGAGGCUUUGAAGAAUCUGGGAAUAAAACUGCCGCCCCAAUCUGAUCAUUCCGCAAUCCGAUCCAGACGAAACGUUGUAAAAAUACCAGCUAAUAUAACGAAGGCCUCAUUCCUCAUACCCUCAGAAAUUGGCUUGCAGUCUAUCUCGCUUCCGCUUAUGUCCCUCAACAGCAAUUUAUCAAGAAUACCUGUUCCCAUACCGAAUGUAUCUGUUGUUAGUUAUACUAAAGCUAACACUGUUGUUCAUAAACCAUAG